CACCGUCUCUCAACGGCCGUUUCCAACACUAUCUUGCCGCCAAAACAUUGGAACAGGUUGAGCAGAUUUUCGUAAAUUCUUUAUUGCUUUUUAUACGUGCCGAAUUGCCCCGUAACGUGAUGCAUUCCAAAUCGAACAUUUGACCUUCAAACUAAGGAUGGAUGCGGCCGGUUUUCAGAGUCGAAUCGACUCCUACACAAAGUGCAAGGACCACAAAACGGUGCUGAAUGAGUUCCUGAACGAGGUCAAAGGACUGAGCGACGAGCAGCGCAGACUAAUUCUGCCCAAACUCGACUUUUCCGAAAUGUUCAGAACGCUAGUGAAAUGGAACAACCCAAUCUACGCAGAACCAUUCUAUGAGUUGGUCAGCCUUGUCUUUGAAAACUGCGAGGCUGGCCGAAUUGUCAGCGAAAACGAGGAGUUGCUGCUGCAGUUCCUCACUCACGUCACGCCGAAAUUCCAAGUGCUCCUCUUCAGCUUGUUGUGUCGAGCCAUCUCUGAAGGAAACGUCGCCUGCUUCUCCCAAGUGCCAAACCUGAUGUACGAACUGGUGAGGAGCAUCAGUGCGGAAGACGCAGACUCCGAUUCUCCAGUGAUAAAUCUGCUGGAGAAGAUCAUCUUGAUGCCUCAAGGGGCGGAAAUUGUGUUCAAAUCAGACAUAGGAAACUCGCUAGCAGAAAUUAUGUGCGAAAUUCCGGAAAUCCGGUUUCAAAUAUUAGAGCUUGCAUCAAGCGCUGCUAGCGGAAGCAAAGAAGGCCUGGAAAUGGUGAAAAACUGCCAAAUUUUGGAAGAGCUUGAGACUGGCUUGCAGGGGGCGAUGGCUCACGUGGACCAAGUGGGAUUCGCCACCACUGUUGACUGCUACACAAAAAUUGGCUCCGCCGAGUGGGGCUAUGAAGAGCUGCUCGCGUCUGGAAUUUUGUCCAAACUCGAAGCCAGGGUGGUGGAAUACGGACCUGGAACCAUGGAGGACAAAGUCAUGCCCUCCAUCUACAUGUUCUUUGGGGCCAUUUUCAAGCACUUUCCAGAACGGGCGUUGAAAGACUGUCCAAAGGUGGUGCCUACUGUCAUGAACCUGAUCAAAAUCUCCAUUGACAGAGCGUAUGUCACGAGGACUGAAAUAGAAAUGAUUGGAAUGGUGGCAGCCAAGCCAGCUGGGAAGCGGUAUUUGGCCACGUUGAUGCCUACCAGUGAUUCGGUUUUAGACCAUCUUAAGAAAUUUGUCCAGUCUGGUUCAGCGAGCGACAAAGUUUGUUCUCUAGAGACUACCAUGGACCUGAUUGUUUUAAAGGAGGAAGACCAAACAGACGAAAUGCUGAGGUUGACCAAGAGCUGGUUCGAAUCCAUCUGGAUCUCGGUUGAAAAGCUGUUCCAAUUUUGCAAGGAGCCUUUUCCCGGUGUCAACAGAACCAGCAUUCCGGUCUUUGUGUCGGAAACAGUGCAAUGCAGAAUUACUGGUCUCAAGCUGCUUUUAACCUUGACCAAACUGGCGUGGGGCCGGAACGAAGUUUGCUUGCUGCCUUCUCUUCUCAGCUGGCUGGUGGAGCAGGAAUCGUGCAAUGAUGUGCAUUUCUUUGUCAACGGUGUGGCCGACGCGCAAGUGAUGCAACUUAAAUCGGACGUAGCUCGUGUGAUCCUCGCAGACAAGAGCAUUCCGCAAAACGUGAGACGGACUCUGACAAUUAAUCCUAAAGUGCAAAAUGAUGCUAAGAAAAUGCGCUGUUCAAGUGGCGAAAUCUAAGAUUUGUGAAUAAAUAGCAUGAUGAAUGUGUAGAAA